GGCUGAGCCAGACUGUGGUCUACACUCAUCUUUCCCCCAGGAGGCUCUCCUUCCCAGCCCCUUUGUUCAGUCUAGCCGGUGGGUUGAGUCAGUCAGAAGAAGGCUGUGCUAACCCAACAAAUCCAAAUCACUGUGGGAACACCGACAAGAGAAAGAAGAGGCCGAAAAAUACAUCCACCGGAUGACGUUUUUAGUUAGAGGCACAGCAGAAAGAAAACGGAAAAAGUUGGUUUUGAGUGUUGCUGAUGCUGCGUUUAAUGCCGGGAACCGUCUGGCCCUGCGUGGAAGCGUUUGGCUCAUUUAAGUCCGUUAUCGUCGCUCCAGUAUAGCCGCCUGAGCUAACACGCUGUUAGAGAUGAACCGGCAGGCUACAUGCUAACCCAUCACCGGUAUAUUGCUGACAGUGUGCAGUUGUUGCCACCAUCCAUCCAGUGAUCCACGCUGACUCUCCCUUUCAGUUUCUGCUCAGCAUCCAUAUUUGCAUCCCAGGGAGUGGCAGCCACUAAUCCCCUCUUUUUCCACCCGUGGCUAGGAAAUCAAAGUUGGACACCCCCUGAAUUUUCUCACAGGAUGCUAAAACAUGGAGAGUGACAGCCACCACUCCCACAUCUAGUGCCUGAUCCAAAAGCCUUCAUCGCCCAGGAAGGAGGAACUCUCAGGUCUCCCUGCUAACGUAGAAUGAACAUGCUCAAGUCCAGUGGACUGAAAAUCCCUGGGCGCGGGGCCAAGCAUUCCAGCCCAGUGGGAAGGACCUCAGCGGGUGGAACGUCCAGCCCCGUUGCCCCUAAAGACAGUGCUGCGCUGAAGCCCACCACUCCAACUAAAAUCUCGGAAGAGGGCGACGAUGUUUUGGGGGAUUACACCGUUGGCGAACAGGUUUGGGUCAACGGUGUGAAACCAGGAGUUAUCGCCUACCUAGGGGAGACCCAGUUUGCUCCAGGACAGUGGGCAGGCGUCAUACUGAAUGACCUAGUUGGCAAAAACGAUGGUUCAGUGGGUGGCGUGCGCUACUUUGAGUGCCAGCCCCUCCAGGGAAUCUUUACGCGACCCUCAAAGCUCACCCGACAGCCAGUCGGAGAGGGGAGCGACAGCCACUCCACCGACUCAACCCAGAAUCAGACUCAGCAGGGUGGCGGCGGCGGCAGCGCCCCCGCCGGCCAGCGGGUGGUGGUACCACUCAGAGAGGGCCUGCUCAACAGCGCCGUGAAAACGGGAAAUGAGUCUGGGUCCAACAUGUCUGACAGUGGUUCGGUUAAAAAAGCAGGUGAUAAGGAUCUUCGAGUUGGAGAUCGAGUUUUGGUUGGGGGCUCGAAGAUGGGCGUCAUACGCUAUAUGGGGGAGACAGACUUCGCUAAGGGCGAAUGGUGUGGGGUCGAGCUGGAUGAGCCUCUGGGGAAGAAUGAUGGUGCAGUAGCUGGUACAAGAUACUUUCAGUGUCUCCCUAAGUUUGGCUUGUUUGCUCCAGUCCACAAAGUGAUCCGCAUCGGCUUCCCCUCCACCAGCCCGGCGAAGGCUAAGAAGAGCAAGCGGGUGGCAAUGGGAGUUUCCUCUCUGGCCCACAGCCCCAGCAGUUCCUCCAUCAGUUCAGUCAGCUCGGUGGCCUCCUCUGUAGGUGGACGUCCGAGCCGUGCUGGACUGCUGACGGAGACAUCAUCGCGCUACGCACGGAAGAUCUCGGGCACCACCGCGCUGCAGGAAGCCCUGAAGGAGAAGCAGCAGCACAUCGAGCAGCUGUUGGCCGAGAGGGACUUGGAGCGGGCGGAGAUGGCCAAGGCCACGAGCCACAUCUGCGAGGUGGAGAAAGAGCUGAGCGCCCUCAAGGCUCAGCACAUGCAGUAUGUGACAGAGAACGAGAAUGGUCUCCAGCAAGUCAAAGCCAUGCUGGCCAGCACGCAGAAGGAUAAGCUGGAACUGGCCAAUCAGCUCGAAGAAGAAAAAAGGAAAGUGGAGGACCUGCAGUUCAGAGUAGAAGAGGAAUCCAUCACCAAAGGAGACCUGGAGACUCAGACGAAAUUGGAACAUGCCCAUAUUCGUCAGCUUGAGCAGAGCCUGCUCCUCGAAAAGUCGAGAGCAGAGACGCUCCACAAAGAAUUAGAGAAGCGGAGGCAAACUACAGUUGAAGAGAAGAGCCGCAUCAUGCAGUUGGAGGAGGAGCUCAGCCUCAGGAGAGCCGAGAUCACGAAUCUCCAGGUCCAGCUCAAAGGGGCUGAUGCAAGCUGGCAGAAAGUUGACCGUGCUGAUGCGGCCCAGGGGUCCGACGCCCAGCCAGAGACCCUCCUGCUGCGCGAGCAGCUGGUGUCAGCGGGCCGGGAGCACUACAAGGAGAGCAGCGAGCUCAGAGAGAAGUACGAGACUGCCUUAGCAGCAAGCCAGCAGGAGAUCGACUCAUUGAAGGCUGUCGUGGAGAAACAGAACGUGGAGAUCAAUGAGAUGAAACAGAAAGCUCAACAGGCUACCAAGGAAAACGUGGAAAUGAUGGACACCUGGAAGGCUAAAUUUGACACUUUAGUCAGUGACCACCAGCGAUCCUUGGAGGAACUAAAGGCAACACUGAGCAGUAGUCAUACCGCUACAGAAGGUCAAGAGCAGGACACCCAGGAGCUGAGAGCAACCCUGGAAAGCCUGAAGAUGGAGCACCAGCUAGAGGUGGAGAACCUCAAGGCCAAACAUAAAAUUGAAGCUGCCAUCCUGACAAAGGAACGAGAGGACCUCUGCGCUCGUCUGCAGGAGGCCAAAGACCAGCUGGCUCAAGGCAACCAGACAUGGAGGGCUGAAUUGGAAGCCAAAAGUGGAAAGCACGCGCUGGAGGCAGCUACGGAUAAGCUACAGAAGGCGGAGCAGAGGCUGGCAGAUAUGGAGACGCUUCAGAUGGAGCAGAACAAAAGAGCGGAAGAGCUGAGGGAGAGGCUGGAGCUGUCAGAGAAGCAGAUGACGGACUACCAGGCUCUGCAGAAAGCUCAGGAGGCGAGCCAAGAAGAGAUCCAGAAACUCGAGGAGAAGCUGAGGGUGACGGCCAACCAGCUCCAGGCCAUCCAGGCCGAGCGCUUCACAUCUAAUGAUGCUAAUGUGAUAGAAGAUAAUGAAAUUUCAGAUGAGAAGAUGAAGCUAAAACAGAACAUAGAAGAAACAAUGGAGAAGCUGCUGAAAAGGGAAAAAGAAGUCUCUACUCUCACUUCCCAGGUUGAAGCCCUCAAAUCACAAAUCGGAGCGCUGGAGGGCAAAGUUCGCAGCGGGGAGAAGAGAGCCGAAGCCCUGGCCAAGGAGAAGACGCGCAUGGAGGCAGAGCUAGAGUCCAUGACCAAGAAAUCCCAUGAUGCCUCUGGGCAGCUAGUGAGCAUCAGCCAGGAGCUGCUGAAGAAGGAGAGAAGUCUGAAUGAGCUGAGGGUGUUACUCCUGGAAUCACAUCGUCAUUCCCGGGAUAUGGACAAAGACCUGAGCCGAGAGGUCCACAAGGCUGAGUGGAAGGUCAAGGAGCAGAAACUUCAGGAUGACAUCAAGACGCUGCGAGAAAAACUGCUUUUACUGGGUCGGGAACGAUCCUCCCCUGACCACCGGCGGUACUCGAUGCUAGACCCCUCGGCUCUGGACUCGGAGGUGACCCGUCUGCGCCAACGGCUGCUCAGCACUGAGGAAGCCCUGAGGAACGCCUUAGAGCACAACCAACAAGUCGACCAGCUGGUCCAGGCCAUGCGGAAGAAUCCAGAAAAAAGCCCGGUCCACGGUGCAAAUUCGGCUAAUGGAAUUCACCACCAGGAGUCACACAGCGCUCAAGAUGAACAACACUGAUAUGAGCAGAAGCGAUGAGAGUGGGACGCUGACGUGACCCCGAGUGAACUGGGACGUGCUGAAGUACACCUGAAACGUCAAAGUUUGGUCCGACGUGUCUCCCGAUGCUGCGGUGGACGCCUGAAACAUUUCAGUUUACAGUUAAUACCAAAACAGCGAAUCUCUGUCUCAAGUGAAUAUAUGUGUUGUUACAGAAAGCACCUAUUAGCCAAUCAUGAAGACCACUUAAAAGUACUUUAAACAGGAAAAAAUAAAAAAAGAGAUAUGGACGUGAAGAGAUUAUCAGCUCAACAACUGCUGAGAACUGGCAGUGUGGCAACUUUUGAUGCUUUACAUUAGUUAGAAAAUUUGAAGUUUUGUCAUUCGCUGAAGUCUGAAUGACUGCGCUGAAUUUUGACGAAGAAAGCAAAAAGACUGAUGGACGACGAGAAGAAAAACUGGGUCUCAGUCGCUUUGUUUUAUUUAUUACUUUUAUUUUGCUCCUUGGCUUUGUAAUAAUCCUGUCUGCUAUACGUGAGCUGAUGGCCUGAUUUUGUUUUUAUUUUAAAGGAAGUUUGACUCGUGUCUCACCUUGCUUGAUAUCUGAUGAGGAUUGGUAGCAAACAUUACCCUUAAUCCAGAAUUAUUUGAACUCAAUUUUAGUUACACUGCACCAGAUCAAAACAAGUCAUCUCAGGGCACUCGCCAUAGUAACUACAACAUUACACUAUAGUAAUAGCAUCUCUGCUACCAACUUUGUGAAAAUAACCAGUUUUUACAGUCACUUUUCAACUUUGUGUUUUUAAAAGGAACAUGAGCACUGAACAAAUACAAAAGCAACAGUUUGUUGCAAUAUAGGAGAAGAUGACAGAGAAGGUGGAAGAAUAGUACAAAGCAAUGCUGUCCUGUCUGCAGACCGAGUAUGUACUGAUCCAGCACAGUGCUGGAUGUUGACCUGAGCGUUUGAAAGCUUGGCCAUGUUUAAUAUGAGCAGUCACCAUGAUAACAGUAUAUACAUAAGGAAAAGUGUAAUAAGCCUAAUGUAAACAGAAUAUAAGGACAGUGAAGGACGUGCUUUACUGAACAGUGGGAUCAUUUCUAUUCCUCUACAGCCACCGCCUGGUCAACAUUUGUUUGCAGCAAACAGGAAAAACACCCUUGAAGUUAUGAAGUUCUCAGGCAGCUCCUCAGAACCAUUUGGUCCCAAAGCGCCUUAAUGUACGUCUACUGGUAGAAGCACGAUGAGCACAAAGUUAGGUUCAGUGUGGUCGUUUAAAUGUUGACUGGAGCUCUUUUAACGGUCAUUUCUGAUCCAAGGAUAAAAUACAAAAUCAACCUCUUCCCGUCUUGGAAGACCCCGCCCUCCCUCGCCAACACACAUGAAGAGCGUCAUCUGUUACAGGACUGAUGGUGAUGAUGUUACUACCAAUCCUCCCUUAAGGUGUUUGUUAAGCCUUUCAGCCAUUUACACAUCAGUGGACUCAUUGUGCAGACUGAACCUGGGAGACGUUGCAGGACAUUUGUAGUACAAAUACAGUGAACCAUUUCAGACUUUUUCAUUGUCUAAAACUGUCUGACCGCGCAUCAAUACAUCUUUCUCUGAUCGGUGGCUUUGUGUUAAUUUACUAUAUAUGGUACAAAAUACAGUGUGAGCCUAUUGUAAUGGCCCUGGAUUUCUUUACUGACCCUUUCUGAAGUCUUCUGAAGGGCUUUCCCAGGAGCUAAAACCCAAACAGCAGUGUGGGAAGUUACGUUCGUCCUUCCCUGGAUCAAAAUCAUCCGGAUUUCAUUUGCCUCUAACAUUUAUACUCUUAAGUCUUCCAAAUAUUGUUUUUAUCCAUUUGUCAAACUGAACUAAGGGGGGGAUCCUGUUUGUAGUUGGUCACAGGUUGCUAUUGCUUCACAGGAGGCACUACACAGAGGUGGGGUGGGGGUGUGCAGAAAGGCUUGAGUAGUGUCCCCUGAGAACACAUGCAGGGCAGGUACUGGUCAGCUCAAAUAAAACCUGAAUUUUCCACUGGAUAUUGUACAUGGCCUUUACAGCUGGAGGGUUCAUACCCUUUGGAGUAUUGCUGCGAUGGUUUUGGAGAUUGAGUCAUUAAAUAUUAACAAUGCA